CAAACUUCGUCCUCUCUCUCUCCUCCGCCUGCUCUUCGUGUGGACUCCUCCGUUGUUCGUCGCUCCUCUCUCUAGAAAGGGGAAAUAACUCUCUCUUGUACGGAAGAAUCUGGAAAUGGCUAGGGUUUUGUGAUUUCUUGAAGUUCCUGUGUUGCCCAGUUUCCUUUGGAGUUUUCUGCUUCGGCGAUAAGUGGCUUUUGUUUAUCUUCUUUGUCUAUUGGAUACGAGUUACUAGGCAAAUCUUGGGCUGCCGAGUUGUAGCAUGUGCCACUAUUGUGGGGGCGAACUUGGUGGGUCGGAGGAUGAUAGAGCAGAGAACAGAAAUCCUGUGAAAUCGGAGGGUGAACAUUUUUCUGAGUCUUGUAGAUUUUGCCGCGAGAUGCAGGAGAGUCAAUUGCUAAGGCAGAAGGGUAUGAAUCGUGCAGUGACCCCAUCGAUAACACCAACAAGUUCCUUCUCGAGCAGUGAACGAUCUUCCUCAAGUGAUUUUUCGGUGGAUGGAAUCCCUUAUGAUAGGGGUAAUGAAGAGGAAUGUUCAAGCCGUAGCACUCAAGAGGAUAUGGACUCUACUGAGAACCGGAAACGGGAAUUAAAGGUAAAGGGUUUAGAAUCAAGAACACAUUCGUCCAAUACCUUGACCGAAAUCAGUGAUAGAAGCAUUCAUGGUGAUGUUAUGAGGGAUGUGCAAUUAUCACAGGCUGAUAGUCAAGAGUCAAAAGAAAAUAAUGUUCAAAAUAUGGUAAGAUCAUCUGAUCAAGAACUUGAACAUGAUAAUAACCAACUUGAUGCUCACAUCUGGGAACCUCCAGAAGCAGAAAUUUCUGAAGAUGAAUCAGAAGGGGAUGUUACUGAUAUCGAUGACGAUGACGACGAAUGUUGUGAUGGUACCAAGUGGAGCAAAUCAAGUUUUCAUGGGGAUUCUAAAGAUAAAAAUAGUAAAAGCUUAAAUCUCAAAGAAGAAAAACGACGAGCAGUGCAAGAGGAUAUAAAUAGAAAGUUCAGGGUCUUUGUGAGUCAACUUCUCAAGUCUCUGGAUGUUUCGUCAUCAACAGAAUUUGGUGAGAAUUGGAUUGACAUAGUUACUGGGUUAUCCUGGGAGGCUGCUUCACUGUUAAAGGCAGUUAUUGAUGGAAAACCAGUUGAUCCAAAUGCGUAUAUCAAAGUGAAAUGCCUUGCAACUGGUUCUCCCAGUGAUAGCCGAGUUUUCAGAGGCUUGGUUUUCAAAAAACAUGCCGCACAUAAACACAUGCCAACAAAGUAUGAGCGUCCUAGAAUUUUGCUGGUCCAAGGUGUACUGGGUCAGUCCACAAGUGGAUUAUCUUCUUUUAAAUCGAUGGUACAGGACAAGGAUUAUGUCAAGCCUGUUGUUGAUAUGAUAGAAGGUUGCCACCCUAAUGUUAUUCUGGUGGAGAAAUCUGUUUCUCGUGAUGUUCAAGAGUCUAUUCUUGGCAAAGGGAUCACACUGGUGUUUGACAUGAAGCUCCACCGUCUACAGAGAAUUGCUCGUUGUACAGGCUCACCAAUUGUCUCGUUUGAUACUCUCUCUAGCCAGAAGCUUAAGCAUUGUGACUCUUUACGUAUUGAGAAAAUUGUCGAGGAACAUAAUGUUGCUGGUGAAGGUGGAAAGAAGCCAAGUAAAACGUUGAUGUUUCUUGAGGGAUGCCCUACUCGACUAGGUUGCACGAUUUUGCUUAAAGGAAGCCACAGUGACGAAUUGAAAAGGGUUAAAGAAGUGGUUCAAUGUGCAGUUGCCCUGGCAUAUCAUUUAACCCUGGAGACGUCUUUCCUCGUUGACCAGCAAACAAUGCUCUCUACUGUGCCUCCUACUGGAGUAACAGAUGCAGCAUCAGAAAAGAAGUUCUCUAUUACAGAAACGGAUAAACUAUCAGGAUCUGGUAUUGAUGACUCCACUGCUGAAUCUGGCUCAACAGAAAUUGAUAUCCCUAUUGCUAAUGGAUUCCACGAGCAGAGUUCAUAUGCCAAUGGGAAUACAAAUGGCAAUAAAGCUGAAACCUUGGAAUCAAAUGGAGACUCUGUUUUCUCUUAUGAACCAUAUAAUCCUGCUGUUUUUGUUGGGUUUUCAUCUCUGUCUGCCUCAAUAAAGAAGGCUUUCGAGGAACGUGUGCCUUCUAGAUCUCUAUCUAGGUAUUUUGGUUUGGUUGAGAAUCCAGAAGUGGUUCCAGCAUCUAGGGAUGUUGGUAUAUCAGAUAAUUGUGAUUUUGAAGCUAUAAAGGAUACUGCUGAAGAUACUGUGGCCAAGGAUGCAAAAGAGCAGCAUUUGUUAGUUGACUCUGGAGUUCCUGUCGAUGCAAAGAUAGAUGGCAGAAAUGGAGAACAGGCCAAGAUGGAUACUGAGACGACUGCCUUAGACUCUCAGAGUAUAUUGGUCUUAGUGUCAAGGAGGAAUGCCCUUAAAGGGAUAAUCUGCGACCAGAACCACUUUUCUCAUAUAAUGUUUUACAAGAACUUUGAUGUUCCUCUGGGGAAGUUCUUGCGAGACAUGUUUAAUCAGGGAAGCCAAUGCAAUACAUGUGAGGAAUUACCAGAAGCGCAUGUUUACUACUAUGCCCAUCACAGCAAGCAACUAACAAUUCAGAUAAAACGACUUCCCAGUGAAAGAAGUUUGCCUGGUGAGGCGAAAGGACAACUUUGGAUGUGGAGUCGUUGUUGCAAGUGUAAAACGAAGGAUGGGAUCCCAAAUUCUACAAAAAGAGUGCUGAUAUCUACUGCCGCACGUAGCCUGUCAUUUGGAAAGUUCUUGGAGCUCAGCUUUUCUGAGCAAAGUUUGCUGAGUAGAACGUCUAGCUGUGGUCACUCUUUCGAAAGGGACUUCCUUCACUUCUUUGGGUUGGGGUCCAUGGUUGCGAUGUUCAGAUACUCCCCCGUCACAACUUAUACAGUGUCUCUACCACCACAAAAGCUGGAGCUUGGCAAUUCAGUAAAGACGGGUUGGCUUGAGAAAGAAUUUCAGAAUGUAUUCACUAAAGGGAUAUCGCUGUUUGAGGAGGUAGCUAGUUCCCUGAAGCAAUUAAGAUCCCAUCUCGCUAGUUCAAGUCCAAACAAUCAAAGCUUAUCUGACGUUGAAGAGAUGUUGAAGGAAGAACGUUCUCAAUUUGAGGAAAAUAUCAAGAAUUCUUUUGACAAGGCUAAAAGCUCAGGAGAUGUUUCCCACAAGCUGCUUGGCAUGAACCGGAUGAGGUGGGAACUUCUGCUUCAAGCUUCGGUUUGGGACCGUCGCCUGCAUUCAAUGGCUUUACCUAAUUGGAUGAUAUCUACAAUUGCUGAGAGCGAGAGAACUGAACAAGAAUUGACGGCAAAGAUGGAUGAUUCAGUUGGAAUCGAGACCAAUGCUAAAGCUUCUGCUACUAAUGGAGGUUUUGAAAGAAAUGAACCUGAGGGCAAAGACAUUCCAAUCUAUGGUGCUUCUGUCCAAGAUGAUCAGACCGAAGUGUCUAAUGUUCUUGACGACGAUAAAAUGCAAACUCUGGGGAUUUCAGGUCUCAAUACAUACCAUGAUUCCAAUGAUCACACAGCUGUUAUUGGUCGCCUGGAAAAUAAUGAAGAAGCUGACAGAACGAUUCCAAUUACUAGAGAAUCUUUGGACAGCCGGGCUGCUGUCUCUAACGGGUCACAUAUAUCAGGUCGGCAGAGAAUGAACGAAUGGUUUUGGUUGCCAUUUGAAGAGCUCCGGUCAAGAGGAAUCAAAGACCUUGAGGAGGUAUACUUAUCGAAACCCGAAACUAUUAACAGUUCUGCCCGAGAAGUUUUACAGACAAUGAAUCAAAUAAUCAGUGAGGAAAGUUCUCGGCUGCACAUAGCUUUGGGAGAUGAUUAUUAUAGUAUUGUGUCGGAUUAUGAAGACGAGCUCUCGAGCCUGAUUGCUUGUGCACUAGCCCUACUAGUAAAAUCUCCUAGCGCGGGAGAUAGCAGCGAUGAGGAGAACAAAUUACCUCUCACGAGAUCUAAACAUGGCUCUCUCGAGGGGUUCUUGGAUAAAGAUUCAGUUAAUUAUCAGCAUGCAAUCCCUCGUGAGGAUUCACGUUUCAUGAGUUUCGAUGGUUUGACCCGGCUGGAACCACUAGCCCCCCCUAGGAAGGGUCUGAGAAGAAAAGUCUCUUUCGGAUCAAUCAAAUCGCUCGAAAAGUGUAAAUACUCGGUCGUGUGUUUAUACUCGAACGAGUUCCGUGAGCUCAGGGAGCUUUGCUGUCCCUCGGAGAUGGAUUACAUAGCUUCACUUUGCCGUUGUAAGCCGUGGGAUGCAAAGGGUGGGAAGAGCAAAGCUGUGUUUGCUAAAACACUGGACGACAGGUUCAUCAUUAAGGAGAUCAAGAGGACGGAAUACGAAUCCUUCGUGAAAUUUGCCGAUAACUACUUUAAAUACAUGAAGGGCUCCUACCAGUCGGGCAACCAGACCUGUCUUGCAAAAGUUCUUGGAAUCUAUCAGGUGACUAUAAGACAGCCAAAGAACGGGAAAAACGGGAAUGCUGAUAGUCAAGAGUCAAAAGAAAAUAAUGUUCAAAAUAUGGUAAGAUCAUCUGAUCAAGAACUUGAACAUGAUAAUAACCAACUUGAUGCUCACAUCUGGGAACCUCCAGAAGCAGAAAUUUCUGAAGAUGAAUCAGAAGGGGAUAAGAAAAACGACGAGCAGUGCCGUCAGUAUGAUCUGAAAGGGGCUCUACACGCGCGGCUAACCACUACUGCUGAAGAUGUUCUGUUAGAUCAGAACUUUGUCAACGACAUGAACAAUUCCCCGCUUUACAUCAGCAACAUGUCUAAACGUAUCCUCCAAAGGGCCGUUUGGAAUGACACCAGCUUCCUGAAUUCGAUAAACGUGAUGGACUACUCGUUGCUGGUGGGGGUGGACACGGAGAAGAGGGAGCUAGCGUGCGGGAUAAUAGAUUACCUGAGGCAGUACACGUGGGACAAGCAGCUCGAGACGUGGGUGAAAUCGUCGUUAGUCGUACCGAAGAACGUGUUGCCGACGGUGAUAAGCCCCAAGGAGUACAAGAAGAGGUUCAGGAAGUUCAUGUCCACACACUUCAUGUGUGUCCCUGACCAUUGGUGCACCCAACAACAACAAGAUCCUCCUUGUCACCUUUGCGAUACUUCAUAGCCCAAAAAGAGGGAGGUGGGGGCUUCUUUCUUUCGCAAGUCCUCUAAUAUCCUUCCAUACGUACAUACAUAUACUACUGCUAUUACUACUAUUACGACCCACCCGUUAUUCUGCAGUUUUUAGCAAAGUUCCCGGGGGGUAGUGUGUGUUUCUUCUUUGGUCUUUUUUUUUUCCUUUAAUUCUUUUUGGCAGAUUCAUGUGAUGUUUUUUUUUUCUUUGGGGAGGUGAAGUCUGUUUCCGUACUUGGAAAAAAAAAUGUGAAAAAGCAUACGAGGGAGAAAAAAGAGUCUCUUGUGGCAUAUAUGUUGUGUGUUUUUGUAUCGGACAGGAAGCUUUGGUUCUGUUCCAUUGUUAUGUUAUUACAUCACUUCUCUGCACUGUCUCUGUGCUUUUAUUC